GCUGUCCCUCGCCCGCGCGCCGCGGCGAUGCCGGACCAGAUCUCCGUGUCGGAAUUCGUGGCCGAGACCCAUGAGGACUACAAGGCGCCCACGGCCUCCAGCUUCACCACGCGCACGGCCCAGUGCCGGAACACGGUGGCGGCCAUCGAGGAGGCUCUGGACGUGGACCGGAUGGUUCUGUACAAGAUGAAGAAGUCUGUGAAAGCAAUAAACAUCUCUGGGCUGGCGCACGUGGAGAGCGAGGAGCAGUACACCCAGGCGCUGGAGAAGUUCGGAGGCAACUGUGUGUGCAGAGACGACCCGGAUCUGGGCAGCGCCUUCCUCAAGUUCUCCGUGUUCACCAAGGAGCUGACGGCGCUUUUCAAGAACCUGAUUCAGAACAUGAACAACAUCAUCUCCUUCCCCCUGGACAGCUUGCUGAAGGGGGACCUGAAGGGGGUCAAAGGGGAUCUGAAGAAACCUUUUGACAAAGCGUGGAAGGACUAUGAGACAAAAAUAACCAAAAUAGAGAAGGAGAAGAAGGAGCACGCCAAGCUCCACGGGAUGAUCCGCACCGAGAUCAGCGGGGCUGAAAUCGCAGAAGAGAUGGAGAAGGAGAGGCGGUUCUUCCAGCUGCAGAUGUGCGAGUAUCUGCUGAAGGUCAAUGAAAUCAAGAUUAAAAAGGGAGUGGAUUUGCUUCAGAAUCUGAUCAAAUAUUUUCAUGCCCAGUGCAAUUUUUUCCAGGAUGGACUGAAAGCAGUGGAAAGCCUCAAACCUUCCAUCGAAACGCUCUCAACAGAUCUUCACACGAUCAAACAGGCCCAGGAUGAAGAGAGGCGGCAGCUGAUGCAGCUCCGAGAUAUCCUGAAGUCAGCGUUGCAGGUGGAGCAGAAGGAGGACUCCCAGAUGCGCCAGAGCACGGCCUACAGCCUGCACCAGCCUCAGGGCAACAAGGAGCACGGCACAGAGCGCAGCGGCAGCCUCUACAAGAAGAGUGAUGGGAUCCGGAAGGUGUGGCAGAAGAGGAAGUGCUCCGUGAAGAAUGGCUUUCUGACCAUCUCGCACGGGACUGCGAACCGGCCGCCGGCCAAGCUCAACCUCUUGACGUGCCAAGUGAAGGCCAACCCCGAGGAGAAGAAGUGUUUCGACCUUAUCUCACAUGACAGGACGUACCACUUCCAGGCAGAGGACGAGCAGGAAUGUCAGAUAUGGAUGUCCGUGCUGCAGAACAGCAAGGAGGAGGCCUUGAACAACGCGUUCAAGGGGGACGACAGCACCGGCGAGAACAACAUCGUGCAGGAGCUGACCAAGGAGAUCAUCUCCGACGUCCGGAGGAUGCCGGGCAACGCCGUGUGCUGCGACUGCGGGGCACCAGAUCCUACGUGGCUCUCCACCAACCUGGGCAUUCUGACCUGCAUCGAGUGUUCCGGAAUCCACCGCGAGCUGGGAGUUCACUACUCCAGGAUGCAGUCCCUAACCUUGGACGUGCUGGGAACGUCUGAGCUGCUGCUCGCCAAGAACAUCGGGAACGCAGGCUUCAAUGAAAUUAUGGAGUGCUGCCUGCCGGCCGGGGACUCCAUCAAACCCAACCCGGGCAGCGACAUGAAUGCGAGGAAGGACUACAUCACGGCCAAGUACAUCGAGAGGAGAUUCGCACGGAAGAAGCACGUGGACAAUGCAGCCAAACUUCACAGCCUGUGCGAGGCCGUCAAGGCCCGAGACGUGUUCGGGUUACUCCAGGCCUGUGCGGACGGCGUGGACCUCACAGAGAAAAUCCCGCUUGCCAACGGCCACGAGCCGGACGAGACGGCGCUCCACCUGGCCGUCAGAUCCGUGGACCGGACUUCUCUCCACAUCGUGGACUUUUUGGUUCAGAACAGCGGGAACCUGGACAAGCAGACGGGCAAGGGCAGCACAGCCCUGCACUACUGCUGCCUGACCGACAACAACGAGUGCCUCAAGCUGCUGCUGCGGGGCAAGGCCUCCAUCGAGAUAGCAAACGAGGCCGGGGAGACACCGCUGGACAUCGCCAAGCGCCUCAAACACGAGCACUGUGAAGAGCUGCUGAACCAGGCCCUGUCUGGAAGGUUCAAUUCUCACGUUCACGUGGAAUAUGAGUGGCGGCUGCUGCAUGAAGACCUGGACGAAAGUGAUGACGACAUGGACGAGAAGUUGCAGCCCAGUCCCAACCGGCGGGAGGACCGGCCCGUCAGCUUCUACCAGCUGGGAUCCAGCCAGCUUCCGUCCAGCGUGGCCUCGUUGGCCAGAGAUGCCGCCAGCCUCGCCAAGGACAAGCAGCGGGGCUUUGGGCCCAGCAUCUUACAGAACGAGACCUACGGUGCCAUCCUGAGUGGCAGCCCGCCCCCUGCCCAGCCGGCAGUCCCCAGCACCACCAGCGCCCCCCCACUGCCCCCUCGGAACGUCAGCAAAGUUCAGGCAGCCUCAGCUAACGCCCUGUGGAAGACAAACUCCGUGAGCGUGGAUGGUGGAAGCAGGCAGCGGUCUUCGUCAGAUCCGCCAGCCAUCCACCCACCGCUGCCCCCUCUCCGCGUCACGUCUACCAAUCCCCUGACCCCGAUGCCACCCCCUCCAGUAGCCAGGACGCCCAGCGUGAUUGAAGCCUUGAGCCAGCCCAGCAAGCCCACCCAGCCAGGGGUCUCGCAGAGCAAAGCCCCACCUUUGCCGCCCCAGCCCCCCAGCCGCCUCCCCCAGAAGAAGCCAGCUCCCGGGGCUGACAAGUCAACUCCGCCGACCAGCAAGGGCCAGUCCAGGGGACCUGUAGAACUCUCUGGAACGGAAGCUCUGGGUCCUCUGUCCAAUGCCGUGGUCCUGCAGCCGCCGGCGCCCAUGCCCAGGAAGUCACAGGCGACCAAGGCGAAGCCCAAGCGGGUGAAGGCGCUGUACAACUGUGUGGCGGACAACCCGGACGAGCUGACCUUCUCCGAGGGGGACGUGAUCGUUGUGGACGGCGAGGAGGACCAGGAGUGGUGGAUCGGCCACAUCGACGGAGACCCCAGUCGCAAAGGAGCGUUCCCUGUGUCAUUCGUGCACUUUAUUGCCGACUGAGCUGCCACCGGCGAGAGCUACCCUUUUAACAGUUAUGUUCCUAGUCCGUCGUUGGCACCAACACCCUUGCCAGGUGCUGGCUUUGUGAAUCCUAUGGUGGCCCAUUUUCUCCGUUCUGUUUGACAAACUCAACGGCAACUUCUUUUAUAUAUCAGUGGUUUUUAUAAUUUGUGAUGUCCAUGAAACAUUGUUAUACUUUUACUACAAAGAACCGAAUUUCCUAAAAGGUGAACUGAAGAGUUAUUUUAACUAUGUAUUCAAGAUUUAGAUUCUACAUCUAUAGAACUAGCUCAACCAAAAAAUCUGUUUGGGAUUUUAGUUCUUCCUGCUUCCCUUUGCCCCGUUACAGAGUCGGGGACCUUUCGUGCAAUUAGUAUUUUGGGGAGCCAUAACUGCCGCCUCGGGGUCCCAGCCCGGCUCUGGACUUCCUCAGUAGAUGCCAUCAGUUCACCUUUACACACACCUGUUCCUUGGACACCCACCCGGCGUUUGCCUCCUACAGCCUGGGAGUUGGCACACGAGCCUUGUCCUCUCCAGCCCGGCCUGAGGUUGGAGCUGCCACUGUGUCCUGCAUGUGUGAGACCUGUCGUUGUGCCCAAGCCUAGCUAGCAGAACCACUGGUGCUCCAGCACAGCCUAGGUGACGGCAGCAACUCCCGUCCCUGGAGAGGAGGUAAACCUGCAUUUCCUGAAUUUGAUUAAAAACCAAGGAUGAAGGAUUGCAGUAGCAGCUUUGGGUGCUUUCCUGCCUCCUGGAGCCCCCUCACCUCCGGGAAAGCAGCUGCGCCGGGGAGAACACUGGGUGCGCCCGCCCCGUGCCGUGUCCUGUGUGUCCCACUGCCUUCCCGUUUCCUAGCUCAUGAAUGCCUCCUCAGCUUAGUGUCGUGUUUAUAGAACAUGCCCACAGGAAUGGUAGCUUCCCUGUCCAUUUGUCUGUGACCGAGAGCAUAUCAGAAAUCCGUAGGUCCCGGGUGACGAAAUACUCCCAGACACCCCAGUUUGACUGUGUAAAGCCAUCAUAGCAUUUAAACGUAACUGCUUGGGGAGGGGUGGGGUUAGGUCGUAUGUGAUGAGAUCAGAACUCACUAGUUUAAGGAACUCUGUCAUACCUCUUUGCAGUUGUGAGCGUAAGAUUCACAGUAGGAACAUUAGAAACGUCGGCACUGUGUGAGAAUGACUAGCCCUCUGAUGCCCGCUCGGGUUUUUAACAGAAGGAAUAAACCGUAGUGCAGGCUUGGAAGCCAGGCGGCGUGCUGUCAGCGCGGUUACGAUGGUACAUCGGCCUGAAGCAGCUAAUAUGCAAGUCUCUUGUAGGUGUAGAGUUUUUGUUUUGUUUCUUAGCAUUGUAAUUUUUUUGUUAUCCUAAAGGAAGACAGAACAAACUGGAAUGUUUUAUGAUGUUGCAUAGCAAUUGUUUUUUUUCCUUUCAGAGCUCUGGGUAACAAUGUGCUAGAUCUGUAAUUAACUUCUUUUUUUAAAGCACUACAUCUAUUUUCACUAAUUGUUCAUUUCUGUUGUUUGAACCCUUCAUUUGGUUAAUUUUCUUCGAUUUAAGGAGUAAACGUGUAUUUUGCACAGCGCACUUCCCGUCUGUCUCAGCAAAGCUCCCACAUCCGUGUCUUGGCCUUCGGGCUAGCUGGUGCCAGACCUCUAAGAGUGAACUUGAUUCACGCCAACAUUUUAACUCCAGGCCCCAAACUAGUCUGUCAGGUUCACUGGUACAUAAAUAUCUAGGAAAUAUUUUUCCAAUCUACAGUUUGGUGGUGCUAUUGUGCAGUAAUGAAUAGAAGAGAAAUUAUACUAACUGCCCUGCUAACACACUUGCCUAGUUAUUUGCUCUUUGCAAAUUACCAAAAAAAAAAAAAAAAAAAAAGCGCCAGAGAAAGGAAACCAUUGUAGAUAUCUAUUUAUAUUUAAAGUUUAUGUUUUAUGAACGUCAGCUGCAGGACUUGGGCAUCUUGUGUGCCCUUUUCCAUCGGAUCUGACCUCUAGGGAUGUUGACUCAAACGUUAGAAACGCGUGCAGAGACGAACGCUCCGGUGUGAGCUGCCGAGGGAUGGGUGAUGUGAACCGCAGCCUCGAGCGCUCUUUUGAGAUGUAUGAUAUUCAGUCCAUUCGCUUGAUUACUUUGGUCUAGUUGCAGCGCAACUGUAUAUACUGUAUAACCUAAAUUCUUAUUUUCAUUGUCCUCGAUGCAGUGAUUUAUAAUUAGAGCAUGUUUAAUAAGUUUACUCUUGUUAACUAGUCAUUUGACUGGAAAAAAUAAAAAUACUUUUAAAUGGA